AUGUACGCAAACAGGCAAACCAGUCUGAUCACCAUCUUGUCGUCAGAACAUGGUCGGAUGCGAAGAGACCAGAGAGAUAUAGACAAGAGGGAUCUUCAAAAAGCACUGAAGCAUGGAACGAGAAGCUGCGUUUGGGGCGGACGAUACAAGGUCGAGCACGAUGGUAUCGUCUUCAUUACCGACUCCACGUUGCGAAAGGAAAUCACCGCAUAUCCAGCUCCGUUGGCAAAUGCCCCUGAAGAUAGAGAAACGCAGGAAAUGCACAGAAAAGCGAAGGAGGUGCUAUCGCUGAAGCCGGAACUCUGCAAGUCUCACACUGUUUUAGUUGUAGAUGUCUCGGGGUCAAUGUUAACUCAUGACAUCAAUCUUCACAGAGACCGUCAAACAGCGGCUUACACAAAUGUUGCGCUGGAAUUCGUCGCUGAACAGCUCUUCAACGGCACGGCCAACAACAGCGACGUCGUAUCAUUGGUGGAAUUCAGCAGCAGUGCACGAGUUGUGUUCAAGCGGGAGCCUGCAAGGUGGGUCUUGUACAACAAAGUCCUCAACAGAAGAGACAGUAGGCCCUUUGUAGACCGAGAGCGUCAUAGAAUGCGGGACAGUUCCUUCUUCCAAGGGGACAGCAACUAUCUACCUGCGUUGAAGAUGGCUGAAGAGCUGCUUGCAAUAGACUUUCACGAAGACUGCGCCCUUUCCAUCAUGUUUCUGAGCGAUGGUGCCCCAACAGAUGCCCAGACUAAUGGUUUGACACCGCUCGCUGCUGAGCGACAGACCUGUGCGCGGAUGGCGAGCAUCGCAGCCAAAUUCCGAGAAAACCUUUGUAUCCAGACGAUUGGCUUUGGUGAUCAAUUCCGAGACUUCUCUGUGCUUCAAAAGAUGGCCAAUGCCGCAAAAGUCUCUUCGCCUGAAACAAAGUCUGAUUUCGUCUACUGUGACAAGUUCUCCCACGCCUUAGGGUCUGCUGUCUCCAGCCUCGUCACCAGCCUAACUGAAACCCGGACUUCACUAAUGCUAGGCCGGGCGUCCAAGUAUACUAAGCGAGAAGUUGCUAGUGAAGGCGACCAGCCCGGCUUCGAGGAUUGGAAGUUCUACAAGAUCCACAAGCACUUCGCUGCUUACGAUCCCAAAAUCAAGCGCUUUCUUCCUUCUUCCUCUCUCCCAGCCGGUUCGUGGAGAAAGGAAAACAAUGCAGAGUUCAACAGCCUCGUCCCUUCACCUCCUCCCUUCAUUGGAAUCAGCACCAGAAAGUGCGGCGAAGGUGCCGAGAGACUGGCCUUUCGAUCUUUCUUGGCGCAAAGAGAGAGUCAUAGGAGCUUCGUCUUGGGAGCCAUGAUUGCCAAGGAAACGAACGCCGUAGAGCGCAUUCAAGAAAACAUCGAGUUCCACCGGACCUUUUUCGAAACCCAAAACCUUGCCUCUCAUCUGGCCAAGGAGUUCAACAAACGCCUCAAGGCACUCCCAAACUACGAUGCAACUCGAACACCGAAGAUUAUUUUCCUGGACUGUUCAGUCCUUGUCUUAAGCGACCCGUCGGCCCCUCGAGGGCUUCGUGGAAUCUUGGUUGAAAAGAAGCUAGACACCGAUGGAUACGAGUGGCAGAAAUGGAAUGACAACGCGGGUGCAGUCGACGGCCGCGUCGCCCACAUUCCGAUCGAUGUCGACCACGAAAUGGCUGUCCUCAGAGGAGAAACGUCCCCCCUAGGAGCGAUUGCUGAGGGCGACUCGGACGAAGACUCUGAGGAUGAAGAUUCUUGUGAUGGACUGGAGGAUCCUUUCGGGCCUGCAGUGGCUGAUGGUCACCAAUCCGAUGUGAAACCUUCUGAUUUCUUGCAGGCUUUCACACAUUUCUCAUACUUGUUCACCAACAAGAAAGUCAUGGUGUGCGAUCUUCAAGGCAUUUACAAUGAAGGCAUGGUGCCGCCAACGUUCGAGUUGACUGAUCCAGCCAUUCACUACAAGUCCUCGCGACGCGAAAUUGUGUUUGGUAGAACAGGUUAA